AUGUCGACAGGCUCGUCGGUCCUAGAACCAGAAUUCGUGAAAGAGAUCGGCAACAUCACCGUGCCAGCUGGUAGAAGCGUCAAACUCGCCUGCACCGUCAAGGAUUUGGGAACAUUCAAAGUCGCGUGGAUGUUGUUCGAUCAGAGCGCCAUUUUGACAGUGCACAAUCACGUUAUUACGAGGAAUCCGAGAAUAUCCGUGUCGCACGACAAGCACCGGACUUGGUACCUACAUAUCAACGAUGUGCAAGAGGAGGAUAAAGGGAGGUACAUGUGUCAGAUAAACACAGCCACUGCGAAAACGCAAUACGGCUAUCUUCACGUUGUCGUUCCGCCCAACAUCGAUGACUCUCAGAGCUCCUCGGAUACGAUAGUGCGCGAGGGUGCCGACGUGACACUCACGUGCAAAGCGAGCGGCAGUCCACCGCCCAGCAUCCGCUGGAAAAGAGAUGACAACAACAAGAUAUCUAUCAACAAGACUUUGUCGGUGAACGAGUGGGUCGGCAGCACCCUGGAGAUGACGCGGAUUUCGAGGCUCGACAUGGGGAACUACCUCUGCAUCGCGAGCAACAGUGUGCCACCCUCGGUCAGCAAGCAGAUCAAGGUCUCCGUCGACUUUCCUCCAAUGCUCUGGAUACCCCAUCAGUUGGUCGGCGUACCCCUUGGCUACUCCAUUACCCUCGAGUGUCACACGGAGGCUCAUCCGACGUCCUUGAAUUACUGGACAAGAGACGACAGUGCAAUGAUCUACGAGGGCAGGAAAUACAAAGUUGUCUCGACACCGGAGAAGCCUUCUUACAAAACCAAUAUGACCUUGACCAUCGUUGACAUCGAUAAAUCGGACUACGGCAGUUACAAGUGCGUAGCAAAAAAUCCAAGAGGCGAGACCGAGGGUACCAUUCGUCUCUAUGAAUCAACUCCGCCGAGUACCAGCCCGAAUCCCGUAACGACGGAGCUUCCCAACAAAGAAUGGGAAUCCUCGGCGGAAUUAAACAAUUCCGUAUACGGCAACCCGAGCUCUUUAACCAUACAUAACGAUAAGAAGAAGGGAAAUAAAUUGCAAUCAAAUCUAAAUGAAAUCGGAAAGUCAGAACAAAAAGCAAAUGACGAGGACAAGAAACACAAAAUGGACUGGUCUUCCAGAAAUGGUAAACUACAGUUACUUAACUCUCUUAACACUCGAUUAUUGUUAUUAACUAAUUAA